AUGUAUGGGCUGCUCCUAGAAAACAUGGCGGAAUAUAUCCGCCAGACAUACGGGGAGGAGCGAUGGGAGGACAUCCGAAGGCAGGCUGGGGUGGAACAACCCUCUUUCUCAGUACACCAGGUUUAUCCUGAGAAUCUCAUCACACGACUCGCAAAGAAGGCACAGGAGGUACUGGGCAUGACAGAACGUGAAUUUAUGGACCAAAUGGGUGUAUAUUUCGUUGGAUUCGUAUCACAAUAUGGUUACGACAGAGUUUUAUCAGUCCUAGGCAGACAUAUGAGAGAUUUUCUCAACGGCCUUGACAAUCUACACGAAUAUUUAAAGUUCAGUUACCCUAGAAUGCGGGCCCCCAGUUUUAUUUGCGAGAAUGAGACGAGACAGGGGUUAACACUGCAUUAUAGAUCGAAACGAAGAGGUUUUGUUUAUUACGCUAUGGGACAGAUUAGAGAGGUAGCCCGCCAUUUUUAUCACAAAGAAAUGCGAAUAGAGUUAUUGAGAGAGGAAUUAUUAUUUGACACAGUACAUGUAACAUUUCAACUCACAUUCGACAAUCGGGCCUUCACGCUAGCUUCUUUGGCGAUGACAAGAGAAGAAAAACAUCUUCCAAUCAGUGCAUCUGUAUUAUUCGAAAUAUUUCCAUUUUGUAUUGUAUUUGGUUCAGACAUGGUAGUCCGAAGUAUCGGUAAUUCACUCAUGGUGAUAUUACCAGAUCUAGUUGGUAAGAAGAUCACGAACUGGUUUGACCUGGUGCGACCACUCAUUGCCUUCAAAUUCCAAACUAUCCUGAACCGCACGAACAAUAUCUUCGAGCUGGUGACGGUGGAAGCUGUGAUGCAUGAAAAGGCGCCCGACAAGCGGAAUGAGCUACUGCGGCUGUCGGAUGAAACUGAGGCUGCUACUGACAAGAACUUGAGACUUAAAGGUCAAAUGAUCUACAUGGACAACUGGCGAAUGAUGAUGUACCUUGGCACUCCUGUGAUGCCAGAUCUGGCUGCCUUAGUAUCCACUGGCCUCUAUAUCAACGAUCUCUCAAUGCAUGACUUCAGCAGAGACCUAAUGUUAGCGGGAACGCAGCAAUCAGUAGAAUUGAAAUUAGCAUUGGACCAGGAACAGCAGAAGAGUAAAAAGCUAGAAGAAUCAAUGAGGAAGCUGGACGAGGAGAUGAAGAGGACGGAUGAGUUGCUGUACCAGAUGAUACCGAAACAGGUCGCUGAUAGGCUACGGAAUGGAGAGAAUCCUAUCGACACGUGUGAGAUGUUCGACAGUGUCUCAAUCCUGUUCUCCGACGUGGUGACGUUCACGGAGAUCUGUUCCCGCAUCACUCCCAUGGAGGUGGUGUCCAUGCUCAACGCCAUGUACUCCAUCUUCGACACCCUCACUGAAAGGAACAGGGUGUAUAAGGUGGAAACAAUAGGUGAUGCUUACAUGGUUGUGUCCGGAGCUCCUGAGAAAGAAGACAACCAUGCCGAGAAAGUGUGUGAUAUGGCCCUCGACAUGGUCGACGCUAUUACUGACUUGAAAGAUCCUAGCACAGGAUCCCACCUCUCAAUCAGGGUAGGAGUUCAUUCAGGUGCAGUGGUGGCUGGUAUCGUAGGGCUGAAGAUGCCUCGGUACUGUCUGUUCGGAGACUCAGUAAACACUGCAUCAAGGAUGGAGUCCACUUCGGAAGCUAUGAGGAUACACAUCUCGCAGACCACGCAGGAACUACUAUCACCAUCGUAUAUGGUGACUGAGAGAGGAGAGAUACAGGUUAAAGGGAAAGGUGCAAUGAAAACAUAUUGGCUAGAGGGUCGAGAAUCUCGUCCAUCGUUAACUAAAGUCAUAUCACCACAACUGACUCCUGGCACAGAACUAGAAUGGGAGAGAGCGGCCGACGUCAGAGACAGUAUCGCAGAACAUUCAGCCCAACAAAUGAACAAUAAAGAACCAAACACUUUAAGAACACAGAAUUCUGAGAACCACCUUCCAAAUGCCGUUAACUCUGGACCUAAUUCCUUAGUAAACUCCUCUGGGAAUCUCAUGACGGUGCAGAAUACUACAGGAGUGAGAACCUCUCAGAUAUCGAAUGCACCCACGACAACGAUGACGUCGCCAGUUGAAGAGAGGAGAAUGUACUCUCCUGUGACCUUUCAAGAUGUUGCUAGAAGGAGUAUAGCUAAUUCACCCAAUAGGUCGGAGAGGGAACGAGAAUCAAGAUCAAAUUCAACGAGUGCAGCUGGAAUGUGGACUGACGCUGAAUCCGUGGAUCCACCGAGAACUAUAGACAGCCUCAAUUCUUCGAUCUGUUACAGUUCGACAUCGCCGUGCAGAGUGGGGACUGCACCUCAACCAAAAGAGCGAGAUACUGAUAAUAUGAUUGAUACUAUAUCGUUAACUAGCCCGAGGCUAACGUUUGGGUGCUUCACGCUAAUCCAACAGUGCGUUGCGCGUAUGUCUCCGACGCGUUCAGCUCCGCCAGCUAUAGGGGACUCUUACUCCACUCUCAGACCUGAGACUGCGUCAUCUACGGCCAAGCAUAGUGGAGAUGAAAUUGAAACAGACACUGAAUACCAGGAUGCCCACAACGAUAUGAACCAAGUACCCCAUCUAUGUACACAAGAAUCUACGGAAACCCACCCAAAGCCAGGCAAAGUUGGGAGAUUCAAGGCGCGAAUAGCCCCGGGACAUAAUAAAACUUGCACAAGUCACAAACAGAUUCCUAGAGAAUUUUCCAAUAAAGAAAAACAACAGCCUCAAGGUCAAAUGCAUCCCCAUGGUCACCAUCACACCAAGAAUGUUAAUCACCAUCAAUGCUGUGGAGCUUUCGGCAACCCACAUGUUCGACAUAAAAAUAAUUCUAGUUGUCAUCUUAUUUAA